AUGUCUCGGGGGCAUAUGGCUGAGUUUGUUGUGAGGCAACUCUCCGGGCUUCGUGUACUUCCGUCUUUGGCGGAUGUAGACACGAGCUCCUUUCCUGUGAUCGGCACGCAUAACGGUUCUUUCCACUGUGAUGAAGCCCUAGCUUGUGGGAUGCUACGUUGUAGUGGACAGUUCCGUGCGGCAAAUGUUUUACGUACGCGUGAUGCUAAGACUUUGGACCGGUGCAGUAUUGUGGUGGAUGUCGGAGGUGUGUAUGACGCGGAUGCGCUACGCUUUGACCACCAUCAGCCGACCUUCCAUGACACGAUGAAAACCCCGAAAUCCAUGUACCGAACGCGUUUGUCCUCUGCUGGCCUUGUCUAUAAGCACUUCGGACGCGAGAUAAUCCAGCGCUAUGUUGAGGCGGCGCUUUCUUCUUCGUACCGUGCAGAACUCCUGAAGAUGGGAAGCUGGUCUGAGAGUAGGAAAAACUUGAGUGAGGCUGAACUCGACACUGUUUUUGACAUUGUAUAUAAAAACUUUGUGGAACACAUCGACGGAAUAGAUAACGGUGUUAACUCCUUCGGACCCGCGACAGAGACAGUUACCGCAAGUGGAUGCUCUGCUGAUGCCCAGUCUGCUUCGUGCGUUCGUAAUUACGCUGUCACGACGACUCUAUCAGAUCGAAUUGGGCGGCUAAUGCCUUGGUGGAAUGAAGGUGGUGACGGCAAUCCCGAGAGCGAGAACACCGCUUUCUUGCAAGCGGUGGAGUUGGCUCUCUCCGAGUUUGUGGCCGCUGUUCAUUUCUUUACGUUCUCAUGGAUGCCUGCCCGUGGCCUUGUUGAGGACGCUUUCCACGCCGCUGAGAGCGUGCACCCGAGUGGCCGCAUUAUAGUCCUGAAGGAGCGCUUCUGCCCGUGGAAGGACCACCUCUUGGAGAUCGAAGCCGAGCACGGGAAGGUUGGUCACGUGCUCUACGUUCUAUUUUCUGAUAAAAGUGGCUGGCGCGUGCAGGCGGUACCGAAGGACGCUGUGAGUUUUGAAAGUCGCAAGCCGUUGCCUUGGAAAGGAAUUCGGGAUGCCGAUCUGAGCGAGGCUAGUGGUGUGGAGGGAUGCGUUUUUGUCCAUGUGUCUGGGUUUAUCGGUGGAAACAAAACCUAUGAAGGAGCGUUGCAGAUGGCCACAAAGGCACUCGUGGCUGUGUGA